UACUGAGAAGUUAUAAAUAUAUCAACAUUCAUUCGGUCAUCAGCGCCAGCUGACAUUUCGGGUGUGCGCAACUUUCGUGAAUGACUUGAAAGAAUGCUCAGUGAUCUCCGAGCUGAUGGGUAUCUAAAAAAAGCUCUGUCUCUCGAAAACCAUAAAUUUGCGUCAACGGCAAUUUUUACAUUCGCAGUUACGAAACAGCUGUUGGAAAAAAUGUGCGCGCACGAGGAUGACGCGGCGACGGCCACUGAUGGUGCAGCAGGCCUAGUCCGUGGCCAAGAGAACAUACAGUAGAAGGUCCGCCACACGAACGACACGACAAGCUGCAGCACAGCAGCAGCAGACCGCUGCUCUGCUCGUUACACGUUUAAAAAUAGUUGAGUACUGCACAAGUAUACGGACAGCCAGUCAGUGGGAUGCGUUACCUUGGAUUUCGGUAUUCUUUCGAAAGCUGUCCGGUCUUUAGGGAAAAUAUUUUCAUCUGACAAGUGCAUCGGUACGCCCUCGAGCAUCCGCAGACAGCCGAGCUGAUAAAACAACAACAGCAGCAGCAGCAGCGAUGGCAUCGAGAGUGACCAUGCAGCAGGCCCUCGGCACCGACGGCAGCGACUUCCAGCACAGACAGAGAGUCGCCCCACAUUAUCAGAAUAGUGCCAUGAACAAGUCAAGACUGAAAUACUGUAUAUUUUUUCACUACAUACUCUUCUUCGUUAUGCUGGCCAAAUUGUCAGCUGAUAUUUUAGACCGUUUGAAUAUAUUUAUUUUAGAAAUAGAAGAGCUCCAAGUACCACAGCCCUUGUGGUGGGAGUACAUAUGGUGCACAAGCUUGAUUCUAUCAUUCCUUGGCCUAUCAGCGGUUAGAAAAAACAGAAUCAAGACCCUGCAGCAGUACAUGAUUGGCAUCACCGUAUUGGGUUUCGGAUCAAUUUUGUACGCUUUCAUAUACUACUUUAAGGAUGUUUACGAGUACCUCUCAACUGGCGAAACGGAAAAUAUUCACAUGUGGCAGGAUCUUCCAUAUGGUGUUCUGUGGUACGGAUUCAUCUUGGCUGCAUCUCAAGUGCAUGGUUUUACUUUAUACUUCUCCUACAACCUCUGGUCGGCAUGGCAGACCAAGAGGGCAAACUAAUCUCAUAGGCACGUGUAAAUAGGAAAGAAUUUUCAAAGGCACAAACGAAAAUGAAAAUUGAAACGAUGUAUAUGGCCGCUCAUACACACCUAUGCAAGCGGGCGUCGAACGAUCGAAUUCAUAUUGUUUAUAGCGCGUAAGAAGUUAUAUUUUAUAACGAAAGAAAAAACAAAGCAAAGGGAAGAGAAAAGUGAAACUGUAAUUUUCCACGAUGUAACGAUUUUGUAAAUACAUUACUAAAAAAAAA